CACCUCAGCUAUGGGUUGUGUAGCCUGUUGAGAGAUUGGGCUUUUAGUCACUUCUUAUACAGUUAAUGCGAGGCCCAUUCUGGCCCAAAACUAAAAAUUUAACGGGUGGACCCUACACCAUACCACAGUGCAGAAAAGGCGCGAUUUCGAAGAAAUCUCUGGUGACUGCUGUGCUGUGCUGAAUCAAUUUCUCUCUCUACUCCUUCCCGGCGAGUUCUCUAUCACUAUCAGAUAAGGGAAAUUCAAUUCAGAGUUCUUGAUCUCAUCUUCUUUCUUCCCAAACUUUUGAGCUGAGUUAAUUAUAGUCUCUGAGAGUUUCUCAAUUUUUUUUUUUUUUUAAAAAGAUGAAGGAUGAAGACCAGCAAUCUAGGGUUUUCCACGAGCUGAGCUCCAUGAUCAUCCAUAUCCUCAAAUUGCCUCCCCUCCCCAUCCCCUUCACCAUCAGAACGUCUUCGUCGUCGGCGUCCGCGUCGACCUCGAGACAGCCGGCGGCGGCCUCUCCGACGGCUUUCGCAUCGCUUUUUCUGGGGAUCUCUCUGGCUCUGAUGCUGUUCGGGUCGGUGACGUUUGCGAUCGGGUUUGUGUUGAUGCCGUUGGUCAUGGGCUUGGUCCUGCUCUUCUACGCCCUCGAGAUUCUCUUCAAUUUGUCUGAAUUGGGUCGCUCCAUUCUUUUCCCCGCUUCUUCUCCCAGACACGUCUCUGCAGAAGAGAAACAUGGUCGUGGAUAAGGAUUAUCUGAUGUAGAAAGAGACCCGUCAAUGCCAACGUAUAUGUGAUCAAAUAGAUCAAUACAAGAUUUUGAAGUAGACUUGAAUAACAUCAAUUUUUGUUGACUAGAGUAGAGGGCUGUUCAAGAAUUAUGACAAUUUUGUAGUUCAUCGCAUCGCCAAGGUAUGUGCUUGGUCAGCAAAAGCAGGCUUUCACAAUUGAUGCCAAUAUACGUUUCUGAACCUUUGAUCCUGUUUGUUUUUUUUUUUUUUUUUUUUUUCCCUCUGGUUGGAAACUUUGAUUGUAAUUUACCGAAGAAAAGCACUUUGUUAUAGAAAAACUGAGUUACAGAA